UUCGUGUGUUAGUGUUGCGGGGAGUUAUCAGCCCGCUGCAUGAUGAGAGAUCACUCGGAGCAGCUCAGUGAUCCUGCGACAGUGUGCGUGUGAGGUGACGUCAGUUUUCGCUCCCUCCGGCUGAAUUUCAGAAGACGUCAGCGACGUCACGAUAACAGAGCUUUGUUGUGCGUCGUUUAUGAAGUCGUCGAUGAACAACCCGGAUAAUUAGCGAGGUAUCCCCGAAGCGUCAUCCCAGGAGAAGAAAACGGAACCGCAUAAAAAACGGGAGUUGGAGAGGCCAAAAUAUCUCGCUUGCCCAGUCAGGCCCUCAGCUCGAUCAAGCAAGCACACUCGGAAUCAGCAUAUACAGACACUUGGAAAUUGGAUAAUAGGACUUGCAGUGACUCCAUCGAUUUGGAGUGUCCCAAGGGGAGGUGAAGAAGCUCUCGAGGCUGAAUCGUGAGCGAGAGGAAAGAAUAAUAGUCCUCCAUCAUGCGAUUUUCAGUUGCAGUGCCACGCAGUAAGAAGCCGCUGGCAACAGCCGCGCUGCGCAAAUACAGCCGCCUGCGUAGGCCUGGGGGCCUCCGGAGAGAAUACAAGAAGCUACGGUCCCUCCUCCCAGGGGCGACUCGAUCACGCCACCUCAGGAAGAAGGUCGGUGUUGUGGAGGCAGCCUACCAAUACAUUUGCGAGCUUCAGGCAGCUCUCCUGGACAAGUUCUCUACCAAGGGCGUACCAGAAGACUUAGCAGGUAUUGUGAGAGGAAAGGUGGCAACAGCAUCUGACAUCCAGGCACUGGCAUUACAUUUAAUCAACAACUCCCCUUCAAUGAACAACAACAACAACAACAACAACAACAAUUACAACAACUUCAUCCGAUCCAACUACGCCAACACAGCCGCUCCCACGCAUCUUUCCUUCCUUCCUCGUCCUACUCAACAAAGCGACCUUCGUCUCCCACAAAUAAACAACAACAACAACAACAACAACAAACCAGAGACAGAAGCCCCUUCAGUGCCAAAGACGACCACAUCUCCAUCCCAAGCCAAUACAACUAUGAACUCGACAGUAUGUUCUUCUCCUGCCCCAACCGCGACUCUCAAUACAGUACUAGGCCUACCCCAGGGAUGUAUUCCUAGCGACAACAGCUCCCACGUACCGACAGACUCCAACACCCACCACCACGUGGAUGGGGAGGUGCCCCUGUUAUCCAAAAAUAUCUCCGACAUAUCCCUGUCAGUGAGAGAAGAGUCAACGGCGCCCUUCUUCUCCACGGGUUCUUCUUCUUCUUCAGCACUUCUGCUCUCCUCACAUCCGUCGCCCACGAUAGAGAAAUAAGAGAAAAACUGAUACAUUUGUGUCGGCCAUUCUUUUUCGUACAAGAGCGUGAUCUCCUUUUAUCUUAGUCCGUAUUAAACUGGUUUAAAUUAUAGGCGAAACGUACCGAGGUCCUGCAUUAAUAUAGCUCGAUAAGCAAAGCAACGCAAGUAAUACAUGUAUCAUAUACGUAACACAUACACUAACUCCCGUGAACUAAAUUAUAGUACUCUGCCCAGUGGUAUGGUGGGAAGAUGUGAGUGAAUUCUAGUUGCAAGAUAUGAUUUUACAUAGUUGGAAUAUUGUCCAAGACUCUGGCAAAAAUAGUCCGCUUUUCCGUUUGUGUGUAUUUGGCUUCUGAAAGAAUUUCUGGUAUUAUUUCUUAUUUAGUGAUUACUAAAUUUCCCAAAUGAAUCAAAACCUUUUGAUAUGAAUCCAACAAUCGAUCAGUAGAUCAUAACUUAUUGAAAUGGUCAGAUUUAUGCCAUUCCACAUAAAUGGUGAAUAAAUCAACUGGGAAACAAAAACAAACAUCAGUGACGAAAAUGAAUCCACCAACGGUGUUUGGCAAAAGGAUCCGGCAUCGAUGACCGCAGGCCUUGUGACGCCAGCUACUCAUUUAAGUCAAGCAACAGGCGGUGUAUUAGCAGUCAAGUUAUUUGCAACUGGUCCAACCAAUACAUUUAUGGGAAGGCUUAGAUACAUCGAUGGGAAAAUCUCAUGUACAUACUUUCAGUAUUGUGAUAUUGACUAUACUCGGUUUUUUUUUUUCAUCUGUCCAGCCGCCUGUGGUGUUUGUGUAUGGAAACACUGCGUCCGGAGUUUUAGAUAGUCACAUUCAGCUUACAUUCAACAAUAAUAACAAUAUCCUAUUUCGAAUAUUAACGGUGUAAUUCGCAUACAGUUAAUUAUUAAAACGCUUUUCAGUUGCAAAUGUACACCCAAAUAUCCUUUUAUUUACCUAAAAUUUACACAUAGCGUAACUAUUUAAAGCCCAGGAAGCAGUGUUGCCAUGUGAAAACACCACAGGACGAUGGACAGAUGAAAAAAAAAAACGAGUAUAGUACUAUGGUUGGUAAAAGUCAGUGCUUUAGACUCUCUCUGGUCUUGAACAGGUAGCAGUCGUUACCGAAAUAUAAAAUAUAAUAAUAAUAACACUAAUGCCGUUAAUUUAAGGUUGCUUAGAACAUUAAUUAUGAUGUCUUUUACCAUUAAACAUACGCCAAAAACA